CUUCUCUCUCUUUCUUAAGUGCUUCAGUCACUUUCUGGGCUGCCCGGUAGCGCCCCUGGACAACCUUCGUUCUUUGUUAUCCAACUGGCGUUCCAGCAGGCUUUUCUUUUCAUCUUGGCAACAGAAUUUCUGGGUUCAUAAUGCGGUCUGUAUUGUCAAUUCUCGCUCUGGCGUCCCCUCUUUUGGUUCAAAGCGCCCCAGUGAGACGGGUCGCUAACUCGACGGAUGUCAAGAUCUUUCAGUUUGCGGGUGCCCUGGAGCAGCUCGCAAAUACGUUCUACGAGCAAGCGCUCUCCAAGUUUCAGGCCUCCGAUUUCCUCGAAGCUGGCUAUUCGGACGUGUCCGUGCCUCUUCAGCAAAUCCAGGCGAUGUGGAGUAACGAGGCGACUCAGCUUUCCGUGAUCAAUUCGACCCUUGAAUCGCUGGGAGCCUCCCCGAUUACGGGAUGUCAAUUUGACCUCACCGAUGCGCUUGCAAACGUCUCGUCCAUGGCCUCGGCAGCUCGCGUCAUGGAAAACUUGGGGACCUCGGCAUACCUGGGCGCCGUUAGCAUGAUUUCUGACCCUUCCCUAUUGACCGCGGCUGCAUCCAUGAUGUCCGUCAAAGCGCGACAGCAGACAGUGUUGAACGUCUUGAAUCAAGGCUCGGCAGUUCCGCAGGCCUUCGAUAUCGCUCUUAACCCCAGCCAGGUGCUUGCAGUUGCUGGGUCUUUCAUAUCGGGGUGCCAGAUGCCUUUCACUGCCAAUGCCGCACUUUCUGUUACCAAUACCGCCCCUGCUCAGCCUGGAACUGUCUUGUCCUUCGCUUCCGCAGCCUUGAACGGCUCAACAAGCACCACUAACUUUGCGUGCCAAAUGCUCUUCGGUGGUGCAGCGUUCUCCAUAUCGCAGCCAUUGAACAACUGCGUCGUCCCUAGUGGAAUUAAUGGUCCUGUCGCUGUCUUCGUCACGUCGGAUGACCAACCCAUCGAUGCUAACAUCCGUGAACAAAACGAUAACACCCUCGUCGCGGGCCCUGCCAUGGUCUUCGUUGACACCAUGUCGGAUGCGCUGGCACAGGCUGCCAAGGGCUCAGUGUCUUCGAGUAGCAACAGCACCUCUAGCGGAAGCUCUUCGGGCAGUGGUAGUAGCACUUCCAACAGUACCUCCAGCGGCACCUCCGCAUCGUCAGACAGCGCUGCAACGAGCACCGCUAUUACUGUCAGCUCGUCUGCGCUUUCUAGCUCUGUUGCAAGCGCCAGCAGCACACUUGCUAGUAGUUCCACCGUGCUCUCGAGCUCCAUCGCGAGCGCCAGUGCCGUCACCUCGAGCCUCAUAUCCAGCGCCAGCGCCAGUACGAGUGUUGUUGCCACUGCUACCGCGAGCGCCGCCAGUACAGCCGUCGCUAGCGCCACGGAUACUCAGUCUAGUGCAGUCACCACCAUAAUAUCGCCUUCGCAAGCCAGUGCAAUCCUCUCGGUUGCGAGUGCAGAGGCUGCGUCUGCCACCGUCACUGCCGGCGUUGCUUCCAGCGCAGUCGCAAGUGCGAGUGCGUAA